GGGAUCCGUGGGGGAGCACGGGGCGGUGCUGCGGUCUCUGGGAUCACCUUGGGAAGGCGGAGGGGCGGUGCGCAGAGAAGCGGCGGCUCUCGAGGUGGACGGGAGUGGGGCGAGGCUUGGCUGCGGCAGACAUAGGAUUCCAGCAACAAUGUCGAAGCACCAUGAUGCAGGGACUGCUUUCAUCCAGACCCAGCAGCUGCACGCUGCCAUGGCUGACACCUUCCUGGAGCACAUGUGCCGCUUGGACAUUGACUCGGAGCCAACCAUCGCGAGGAACACCGGCAUCAUCUGCACCAUUGGCCCAGCCUCCCGCUCGGUGGAGAAGCUGAAGGAAAUGAUUAAAUCUGGGAUGAAUGUUGCCCGCCUCAACUUCUCUCACGGCACUCAUGAGUAUCAUGAGGGAACAAUCAAGAACGUGCGAGAAGCUACAGAGAGCUUUGCUUCUGAUCCCAUCACCUACAGACCUGUGGCUAUUGCACUGGAUACCAAGGGACCUGAAAUCCGAACUGGACUCAUUAAGGGAAGCGGCACAGCAGAAGUGGAGCUGAAGAAAGGUGCAUCGCUCAAAGUCACCCUGGAUAAUGCCUUCAUGGAGAAAUGCGAUGAGAAUGUCCUGUGGUUGGACUACAAGAACCUCACCAAGGUCGUAGAAAUUGGCAGCAAAAUCUACGUGGAUGACGGUCUGAUUUCUUUGGUGGUUAAGGAGAAAGGCAAGGACUACGUUGUGACAGAGGUGGAGAACGGCGGCAUGCUGGGCAGCAAGAAGGGAGUGAACCUGCCUGGCGCCGCGGUUGACCUGCCUGCAGUCUCUGAGAAGGAUAUCCAGGAUUUAAAAUUCGGCGUGGAGCAGAAUGUAGAUAUAGUGUUUGCUUCCUUCAUCCGCAAAGCUGCUGAUGUCCAUGCUGUCAGGAACGUGCUAGGGGAAAAGGGAAAAAACAUCAAGAUCAUCAGCAAGAUUGAGAACCAUGAGGGUGUGCGCAGGUUUGAUGAGAUCCUGGAGGCCAGUGAUGGCAUCAUGGUGGCCCGUGGUGACCUGGGCAUUGAGAUCCCUGCUGAAAAGGUCUUCCUAGCCCAGAAAAUGAUGAUCGGGCGCUGCAACAGAGUUGGUAAACCCGUCAUCUGUGCCACUCAGAUGCUGGAAAGCAUGAUCAAGAAGCCUCGCCCAACCCGCGCCGAGGGCAGUGAUGUUGCUAAUGCAGUCUUGGAUGGAGCUGACUGUAUCAUGCUCUCCGGAGAGACUGCCAAGGGAGACUACCCACUGGAGGCUGUGCGCAUGCAGCAUGCUAUUGCCCGGGAGGCCGAAGCCGCCAUCUUUCACAGGCAGUUGUUUGAGGAACUGCGUCGUCUGACAUCCCUCAACUGUGAUCCCACGGAGGCCGCUGCUGUUGGCGCUGUGGAAGCGUCCUUCAAGUGCUGCAGCGGGGCCAUUAUUGUCCUCACCAAGUCCGGAAGGUCUGCACACCUCGUGUCCCGGUACCGCCCGCGGGCUCCCAUCAUCGCCGUGACCCGCAAUGACCAGACUGCGCGCCAGGCACACCUCUACCGCGGCAUCUUCCCUGUCCUCUGCAAAGAGCCAGCCCUGGAUGCCUGGGCUGAGGACGUGGACGUCCGCGUCAACCUGGGCAUGAAUGUCGGCAAAGCACGUGGGUUCUUCAAGAGCGGUGACCUGGUCAUUGUGCUGACAGGCUGGCGCCCUGGCUCUGGCUACACCAACACCAUGCGUGUGGUGCCCGUUCCUUGAGCGACUUGAUUCCGACCAGCACCAACCACCUUCCCCCUUCCCCUUGCUCCCCUCUCCCCUCGCGUUAGGCCCGCCAUCGCUUGUGCUGUUCUUCUCCCUAGUGUGGACGUAGGUUGCUAAACACCACCCAGUGCAGCAUCAGCAGGGGGAAGAGACCUUAAAUCACUAAAAGUACAUACUUGAAGUGUUUAGUUUUUUUUAAACCCUCUCCCCGUAGUUAAGUCGUGCCCUGGUCGAUGUUGGAGUCAGCUUAGUGAGUUCUUGUCAGUGUAGGACUGGCCUCAGGGUUUGGGGUGAUGGGGCAGGGGCGAGGUGAUGGUGGCCAACACUUCCACUGUCCCCUCCUCGCUGGAGGCACAGACCAAAUCUGAGAUUUAUCCAGCUCCUCACCUUGUUUGUCCCAGGGGUGAGGGUAGAAGAGGGGUGUUCCCCUCCCCUGCACUCCCCUCUCUGCACUGUCACCAUGUCAGUUGUGUGUGUGUGUGUCCUCAGAGCCUUCUGCACCCUGCACUCUACUGGUCCCUGGGGCGGUCAGAGCACCACUGUUCAUCAAUAAAGAGAAGCUGAAGCACCCACA